AAUACAGUAGAUGGCGGCAUGCACCUGUAACAUUUGUUUGAGGACCGCAUAAUACCAAAGAAGAAGAAAACGUCAUCUUCCAGCGUCCGUUCAAAUCAGCGAUAGCGGUACCCUACCCGAAUUUUAAAAAGGGCAUAUUAAUCCCAUUACUGUUAAACUAGACAAAUAAACCAGUUUGAGAUGAUAGACAUGAUUGAGAAGGAAGAUUCUAUCAUUAGCGAGGAAGAAGCUGCUCAGUAUGACCGGCAGAUCCGACUAUGGGGUCUGGAUGCACAAAAGAGACUGCGGGGUUCUCGUGUGCUCCUGGUGGGGCUCAGGGGCCUGGGGGCUGAGGUGGCCAAAAAUCUCAUCCUGGCUGGAGUGAAGGGGCUGACCAUGCUGGACCACGAACUGGUGACAGAGGAGUCAUGCCGAGCCCAGUUCCUGAUUCCAGUGAGCAAUCAGGGCCAGAAUCGAGCCCAGGCCUCCCUGGAGCGGGCCCAGUACCUCAACCCCAUGGUAGAGGUGAAGGCAGACACAGACAGGGUGGAGACCAAACCAGAUGAAUUCUUCCUACAAUUUGAGGCAGUGUGUCUGACCGGCUGCUCCAGAGAUCUGAUGGUACGCGUGGACCAACUCUGUGUCCGGCACAACAUCAAGGUCUUCUGUGGCGACGUCUUCGGUUACCACGGAUACAUGUUCUCCGACCUUGGCCAGGAGCACAACUAUGUUGAGGAGAAGCCCAAAGUAGUCAAGCCCAAAACAGAGUCCAAUGAUGGACCUGAGGCCAAAAAAACAAAGAUUGACCCCAAUGAGACCACCAUGAUCAAAAAGACGGCCUGCUUCUGCUCCUUAAAACUGGCUCUGGAAGUGGAUUGGACCAAUGAGAAGGCCAAGAGCAGCCUGAAGCACACCCCCGUGGACUACUUCCUGCUACAUGUACUGCUGAAGUUCCGUACAGACAAAGGUCGCGACCCCCACCCAGAAAGCUUUGAGGCAGACGCCAUGCUCCUGAGACAGAUCCGGGAUGAUGUCCUGGAGGCCAUGGGGCUGAGUAGCGAGCUGCUGCCUCACGACUUCGUCAGCUACUGCUUCUCUGAGAUGGCCCCUGUGUGUGCUGUGGUGGGAGGAGUGCUGGGACAGGAGGUUGUCAAGGCUCUUUCCCAGAGAGACGCACCGCACAAGAACUUCUUCUUCUUUGACGGUAUGAAGGGCAGUGGGGUGGUGGACUACUUUGGCCCAAAGUGAUCGACCAUAUUCCCACCAGAGGAGGGAGAGGUGUGUGCAUGGUACAUUAAGGCCUACACUCACAUACUCAAUACGUUUUGAGUUUUGUCAUUCUUUUUGCCAGUCAGACUACUUAUCAAUGUAACCAUUCACCUCCAGCUGAACGUUCAACAAGUGUUUCAAUAGGCGAAAAGGAUUUGUCAUUAUACAUGUUCUCCUUUUAUACCUACCAACAACACAUCUAAUAGACGGUGUUUGCAGCACACCUUCUGGAAUUUCUAUUUUCUUGUUUGCUGUUGUCAGACUGUCCAUUUUAUGUUUCUAGCACAGAGGUAUUUUUACAUUUUGUAAUAAAAAUAUUGUGAUCAAAA